AUGCAAGACUGCGGGUGCGCCUUUCAUGUCCUGCGAACGCUGGCCCGCGUGGGAGAGCUCACGACAUCGUCUCAAGUCCCUCUCGAAACCGUGCUCCAGGUGACGUCGACAGCAGAGCGCCCAAGCCUCGGCGUACUGAGCUGUGAGAAUUGCCGCCAGCAGCGGCUGCCGCUUGCUGCUGUCACAAUACUUUGUGCCCAUCUAGUUGACUGGUUGUGUCGGCUCUGGAACCUCGCAGACGACGAUACUACCAGCGAGGCAUCGGCAGAUGCCGGCAGCACCACAACAACUAUCACAACAACCACGAUCACCAGCAAUCCAAACACUAGGCGAAAUACCAGCAAUACCAACAGCCACUCUGAGAGCCAGCUUUCACCUCAACCGUGGAGGUUUUCCCUUGGCAACUACGAUCUCGCUGCCGACGAAGCCGAUGCUCUCAGCAUUGAACUCAUGAUCUUACGCCUAACCGAUUUCUCUGCUGUCUUAGGCUCUCUGGAAGCCGCUCUCAUCACAUCUGGAAUCACACCCUCCACGUCCUCGCCGCUACCCGAGCCAUCCACGACGAACCCAACCGCCACUGACCUGGCGGCCUUUGCCCCAGCUUGUCUUGACAUUGUGCGCGCCAAUCUCCGUCUUGUACGCACAUCCAUACGCCGCCUCAAAGAGAGAUCUUUGCUGAAUGGCAGCGGAUCAAGCAUUAUGUUCUGA